AAACAUUUCCACGUUUUCAAUUCAAUUGUUGUUUAUUCCUUACUCAAAUAAACCAAAAAACAACUCAAAUAAAAUGUCUCAAACUGUUUCUAUGCAAUUGACCAAAAAUUCCAAGUAUAAGCUUAACAAUGGGCAAUACAUUCCUGUUGCUGGGUUUGGGGUUUAUCUUAUGCCUGCUGAGAAAACUGCUGAAUUAGUGUACCAAGCUCUUGUUGAAGGUUACAGACACAUUGACAGUGCUGUUGGUUAUUACAACGAACGUGAAGCUGCCCAAGGUGUUGCAAAGUUCUUGAAAGACCAUCCAAACGUACACAGAAGAGAUAUUUGGUUUACUACCAAGAUUAGAAACCAAGAUCAAGGUUAUGAAGAAACCAAAGAAAGUGUAAAGCAAAUUGCAGCUGAUGUUAAGGAGUAUAUUGACUAUGUCGAUUUAGUCUUGAUCCAUUCUGCUAAAACCAACAAGGAAAAGAGAUUAGGUACUUAUAAGGCACUUCAAGAAUUUGUUGGCGUUAACCCUGUUCUUCAAAUCAAAUCUAUUGGAGUUUCUAAUUAUGGUAUCCAUCAUUUAGAAGAAUUAUUCAAUUGGGAUGGAUAUUUGAUUAAACCAGUAGUUAACCAAGUAGAAUUACAUCCAUGGUUACCUAGAAUCGAAUUACGUGAAUAUUGUGCUAAAUUACACAUUUUACUCGAGGCAUAUACUCCAUUGACUAGAGGUGAGAAAUUCACUGAUCCAGAAUUAGUUCAAUUGAGUCAAAAAUAUAAGAUUUCUCCAGCUGAUAUUUUGUUGAAAUGGUCAUAUUUACAAGGUUUCAUUGUGUUAGCCAAGACUGAAAACCCACAAAGAAUUAGAGAAAACUUAGAUGCAUUGCCCGAUGGACCUGGUGAUGCUUUUGAAAACCCAUUAGGUAGAAGAAACUCAACCUUGGGUAGAUUAGAUUUAGAAGUGGAAAUUAUCGAAACUUUGAACAAACCUAAUUCCAAGGAGGUAUUAACCUGGGGUGGAGUAGAUCCAACUUUAUGCGAAUAAACAAGUGUUAGAGAGCUUUUAUAGAACUUAUAGAUAUCUAGAUAACUUGCUUUUGUACUAUUAUUUACUAAAUGCCGAUGUAACCCCGAU